AUGGGCCAACAAACAAGUAGUCAACGCUAUAAUUUACCUUUCGAAACAAGUAUUUCACCACCAUUGAGCUAUGGUUCUCAAAUACAAGUUUAUGGCAUUGCUACUGGUGACCGAUUCGAAGUUAAUUUGACUAAUCGACGAGGUGAUAUCAUAUUACAUGUCAAUCCGCGUAUAAACGACCGGCAAUUAGUAUUGAACUCUGCACCUGGUGGUAACUGGGGCAAUGAAGAACGUAAACCAUUAAAUAUUUCAAGUGGUCAACAAUUUCAUAUUAUCAUUAUGGUUACAUCACAAGGUUUUAAAGUUGCCAUUAAUAAUCAACAUACGGCUGAUUUUAAUUAUCAAAUGCCAUUCAAUGCAGCUGAUACAGUUACUGUCAAAGGUGAUGUCAAUUUAACAAAUAUUCAAAUUUAUCCAGGCUUUAGCCAACAUGGUCAACCAUUACAAUUCGCAAUGGAAACUCCAAUUCCUGUCAAUAUGUUUCCUGGUCGUGUAUUACAUAUCAGUGGUCGUUCAAACAGUAAUGCUUCACGAUUCGAAAUCAAUUUAUUGGCAAACACCUAUCAAGGAGCUGAUGUAGCACUUCAUUUCAAUCCACGUUUUGAUCAACGUGAAGCUAUACGUAAUUCAUGUCAAGGUGGUGGUUGGGGUGUAGAAGAAAAACAAGGUGGAUUUCCAUUAGAAUCAGGUCAACCAUUUGAAAUUCAAAUUAUCUGUUUUCCAGAACAUUACCAGAUCAAUUGCAAUAAUCAAGCAUGGUUCACCUUUCGACAUCGUAUUCCGUACCACGCUGUUCAAGCAUUGCAAGUCAAAGGCGAUGUUACAAUUUCAAAUGUACAUGCUAUGUAG